GUGGUAACAUUAGUUUUUGAUGUGUGGCUGUGGGUGAAGAUCGAACGAAAGAAUAAAUAAUUUGUUCCAAGUAUUUGUACAGUAACAAAUUAUUUUAAAUAAGUUUAUAAGAUAAUUCAUACAUUAUGAUUACUCUACUGCCUUGACCCCAAGUACUGUGAAUAUAGCAUAAUACUUUGUGAGUUAUUUUGGUAAUCGGUGACAUUUCAGUGAAGUGCCUAAUUUGAUCAUGGAGGCUAUAGCAAAACACGAUUUCACUGCUACCGCUGAUGAUGAACUGAGUUUUAGGAAAAACCAGGUCCUAAAAAUACUAAAUAUGGAGGAAGACAUGAAUUGGUACAGGGCAGAAUUAGACGGCAGAGAAGGAUUAAUACCUAGCAACUAUAUUCAAAUGAAAAACCACAGUUGGUAUUAUGGAAGGAUCACAAGAGCAGAUGCUGAGAGACUAUUAGCAAAUAAGCCAGAGGGUGGAUUUCUUAUAAGGAUCAGUGAAUCAAGCCCCGGAGACUUCUCCUUAUCUGUCAAAUGUCCGGACGGCGUCCAACACUUCAAAGUACUGCGCGAUGCGUCGAGCAAAUUCUUCCUCUGGGUGGUGAAGUUCAACUCCCUCAACGAGCUGGUGGACUACCAUCGCACGGCGUCCGUCAGCCGCCUCCAGGACGUCAAGCUCAAAGAUGUCGUGCCAGAAGAGACGUUGGUGCAGGCGCUAUACGACUUCACCCCGCAGGAAGCCGGCGAGCUGGAGUUCCGACGCGGUGACGUCAUCACCGUCACCGACCGCUCCGACCAGCACUGGUGGCAGGGUGAGAUCGCGCACCGCCGCGGCCUGUUCCCAGCCUCGUAUGUGACCGCCUACCACUCAUAGUGCACCCCCGGCUCGCCCAUACCGUGACACCACCACCGGUAAUACAAUUUCUACCAUGCGUUCGCUUACCGUUACUCAUCAUUUAUAUGGCAAUAUUUUAUUGGCCGACUACUAAUACGUUCUUACUGUGCUACAAUAAAUUUCUCCGUAUCGUAAAAAUUCAUGGAAAUAUGACCAUCAGAGUUUUCAUCUCAUAAGUGAAAGUCUAGUACAAGCCUAGUCUGUAGUACAGACAUCUUUGAUUGAUAAGGACUGGAAUGACCACUACUUGCCUAGGUAUAAUUGUAAACUGACAAAUUACGACACGAUCAAUCCAGGGUUUACGAACUCGUAAGUCUCGUAACGUAUUAAAUUUAUUAAACCGGGGUCACUCACGUAGUUUAAGUCGACGAUUGCUCGUGAAGAUGCUCCUCUUUAUUGAGCGAAACUUGACGAGCAAUCGUCGACUUUAAAUACGUGAGUAACCGGGUUUAAUAUAUUUAAUACGUCCCUGUCUCACGGAAGUUUUGUUACUAAAAUAUAACUCGUGACGUAUUUAACGGUAACCGAACGCACCUCUACGGUCCACGCGAGGGAUAUGCCUGGAUAACUCGCGCGUGGAUUGUACUCUAUCGUUUAUUACUUAUCUUCCCGGGCGAUAGUUCACUUAUCGACCAGUGGGCAUAUAAAAUAUGACCAUUUUGUCCAGUCCACUUACAUUAUAUUGAUAAGACCGUCCGUCUAACUCGAACGAGCAUCAAAAUGCUAAAUAGACGGAUUGUUCUUACACCAGUAAACAAUUAUGUCGCCUAGCUAUUGUAAAAUAUAACUAAGAGACAGGCAAAGACAAACAAGAUUUUGUACGAAAGUAAUGCUAACAUUAUAUGACAUUGUUGACAAUCUAAGCGCGCAAAAUACCUUGUUCGGCUUUGCAUGUAGUCAAAGUUAGUAAAUAAGUUUGACAAUAUAAGUAGAAGGAUCCAUCAGUCAAGUCACGAGCAUUAUUUUGACAAUAUCUACCGAUUAUGACGACUAGAUUCUGUCUGGUGUAUUCUUUUACAAACCAAUAAACCUUGGCCUCGGCAAUGAGCCUAAAAUGUCUGAAGCGUUUGACUUACAACCCGAUGCUUGUUUAUGGUCAAUAUAGUGACUUUUCAGCUAUCGGGCAAAAAAUCCUAGAAUUCCUAGAUGCGUAGGUUCUACCUACUUAUGUGAUCAUGGUUGACAAGGACAUAAUCAGAUUUUCAAAACUUGAUAAAUACAUUUCAAAUUACUUGCAUUUACAAUGUAAAUUGAAUUGAAACUCUGAUAUCCGUGCACAAGAAUAAUAAUGUUAAAGCAGCCUUGAAUAACUUAAGGGCAAAUUACGUGCAUGCAGCACCAAUGUUGGUGGAUAAUAGUCUGUGGAAAGUGCUACGUUUUUUCUUGCGUUAGCAACUGCCCUUAAUUCAGCACUGCUUACUAACACUAGGCAAUAACUGUGACUAGGCCAUUUUUGCAGGCUUUAUUGUAAAACUUGGCAAAGACCACAACAUAUAUUGGAUUUUAAACUUAAAGUACUUCCAUUACAGCAAUUGUAAUAAUCCCGAAUUGAUUCGGCGUGUUGUGGUCUCCGCCAGGUCAGAGUCAAAUAUGUACCAUUCAUACAACUUUAUUGUAAGGGGAUUGCAAACCCCACUUUUCAUAACUAUAUGACGUAUCUCAUCCUAAUGUGACGUAACUCAGUGACGUAUCUCAGCUUAAGUAUUAACAAAUGGUCGAUAUAGGUCAUAUAGUCUUCGAAUUUGGCUCAUCAAUGAAACCUAAUUCUAGUACGACAUUUGUAAAACAAAAAUCUAAUAUACCAUCUAGUUUCAUACAACAUGUCACUUUUAUCAGUUUGAAGUAGUUUGAACUUGUAAACUAAUCUGAUACCCUAAGCUACUAAACUGAUUAAUACACAAAGAAGAGUAUUUUGUCCCUAUCACAUUUUACGUGACGUCUUUAAGGUUAUAUAACCAAAUAACCGAAAGAAGUGAUAUUUAUUGUGUGACCUUGCCAUAUGCAAAAGUGACUAUUGGAUAUGUAAGGAUAGAUUCUCACUGGGAUGUAUAGUUAUUUUGCAAGUGGAGUCAUCUCAUAGCUCGUAACGUAUUGUUCUAGUGAUCCAUACUAAGAAUAAAGGCAAGGAGUGAGUGUCGUAGCGUCGAGGUCUGUAGCGUUUGGUUUAUGUAAUGUUCAACAUGGUGCUUCAAGUCCAACAGUCGGUCAAUAAGUGGUUUUAUAUACACAUUAUUAAUUGUCGUAUUAAUUGUUAACGUAACGCCGUAUGUCCAUGGAACUCGAUAGAGUUCGCAACUGCCUUGUUUUGCAAUAUUAUUAUUGUAGUACGAAUUGUCAUCGGGAGUACAAAACUUCGUUUCGUGUCGUGUUUUUUAUCUGUGUAGUGUUCUGUGUGACGAAUUUAUUGAUUACUUUCCAUAUCUUAAUUUUUGUGACAACUCGGAAGGACGAAUACCUGUUUUUUGUCCUCAAAUACGUGCCAGAAUGUUAUUUGUAGUGUUUUAAAUGCCUGUGUUUAGUGUAAAGGUAAUAGGGAUCAACUCGGUAAUUACUGAAUUCCCCCACAAUAUGAUUAUAAUGAUUUGGUUUUAAAAUAUGUUUAUGACCAUUAUUUAUCCUUUUUACUAGUAUAUUGCUCAUUUUAAAUAUUUACCAUUUACAUGUUAAGGAAUAGAGUUUAAGUUCUUUUUACAUGUUUCGAUCUUAUGUUUAUCACGCCUAUACAAAAAUUAUAUAAUCUGGUACCAUAGUCAAGUAGGAUAUAAAAUUGUAGCGUCCUCAAACAGCUUAGCUCUCCUUAGGUAUAGGAUCAGACUAUAUUUUGUGUUGUGUUACGCACAAAUGGUAACGCCCGUAUAUUUUGUAUUAUCCACGAAUUAGUUUUACGAUAUGACAAUGUUUUGAUAGACGGAUGUACAGCGAGGAUUUUAUAUCAAUAUACAAAUUGUGUAACACUACGCUUUUUAUCGCUUUUGAUGUGUUUAUUUUAAAAUUUUGUUACCCAUCUUAGUCUUAAUAGGGAUGUGAACGAAAAUUUAAUAUCUAAAUAAUUCGAAUUAAUAAUAAUAAAUGAAAAUAAAAUCUAAAUAAUAUAGUGACAUAUGACUCGGCUACUGCAGUAAUACGAUUCGUUUAGUUUCCAGGGAGAAUAAUGUGGCACUGGGGGUGUCAUUGUACUUACUUAGCGUUUAAACAUUACAUUAGUCAAGACUUUGAAAUUAAUAAAACUUUUGAGUGCUCGUUGAUCCAAUGUAGAUAUUUAUUUUUGUUGAGAUAUACCCAAAAUAAUUAUAUUUAUGGAAGCAUACCUGGUAGACUUUUAUAAUGAGGCGUUCGAGCUCCAUGAGCCUCCUGCUUUUAUGAUUUCCCCCGCAUGUUUGUUGGCGGAAUGCCACGCUGGUGUGACGCCGGUGAGCGGACAGGUGAGCAGACGAAGCCGUGUGCGCGAGAUAGUAUUUAACGCCAAUUGAUAAAAACGCAGAAAAGAUAUGGUCUCCUUAUUAACUGGUGGCUUUUGCGUAACACUUGCGUAUCGUGUAUCGUAUUCAUAUUUCCGCUCAUCGCUCACGCGCCAGCGGCAGUGUGGCAUUCGCCUUAGAAGUUCCCCUUGAGCAUUUAACUGAGCGGCGUCCGCUCCGCCGAGACGUGUUAGUGACGCUGACGCUUCCCGCUGUAGUAGUAAGUGCAUGACGGAAAAUUAAGAAAUCAGACGUGCUAUAAUCUAUGAUAAUCAAAUAUUUAAUUAAUUAAGUUAUAAUUCUCCAAUAUUGUGGAAGAUGUAUAAUAUUUUUACUAAUAAAUUUAAUAUUGUAAA